GGAAACGGGAGCGAAUAUGUGUAAGAGAGAAAUCCUGCACCACAUUUGACGUGCAGACUUUCGAGAUUGUCUUCUGACUUGGUGACGACGUUUUUCAUGUUGUAGCCAUGAGGGGGCCACGUCCGCUUGGCGUUGUGAUCAAGCUCGGGACCAGCUCCAUUGUCGACGAGAAGACCCAUGAGCCCCUCCUCUCUAUCCUGACGUCGAUAGUGGAAACGGCAGUGAAGUUGAGGAAAGAUGGUCACAGGGUCAUCAUUGUCUCCUCCGGCGCCAUCGGCGUUGGGCUGCGGAGGAUGGACGUCGAGAAGAGGCCGAAGCAUCUUUCCAAGCUGCAGGCACUUGCAGCCAUCGGCCAGUGCCGGCUCAUGAGUCUCUGGGACAGCCUGUUUACUCACCUCAUGCAGCCCAUUGCCCAGAUCCUCUUGACAAGAAACGACAUUGCCGAUAGGUCACGCUAUCUCAAUGCCCAGAGGACAUUCAACGAGCUGCUCGACAUGGGCGUCAUUCCCAUCGUCAACGAGAACGACACGCUGGCAGUGUCGGAAAUCAAGUUUGGCGAUAAUGACACGCUCUCGGCUAUCACAGCGGCCAUGGUACACGCAGACCUGCUCUUCCUCAUGACCGACGUCGACUGCUUGUACGACAAGAAUCCGAGAACCCACCCCGACGCCCACCCUAUCGAGGUGGUCGAGGAUAUCGGGUCCUUGGUAGCAGAUGUCUCAACUGCUGGUUCCUCACUCGGCACAGGCGGCAUGUCUACCAAGAUCGUCGCCGCUCGCCUCGCCACCUCAGCCGGCGUAACAACCGUCAUCACGCGGUCUUCCAACCCAGGCAACAUUGUUAAGAUUGUCAAGCACAUCCAAGCCAGCCGCUCACCGCCUUCCCUCGUCACCAAAGCCAACCAAACAACAACAUCAGUAGCGGCGGCGGCAGCAGCAGCAGCAGCAGCAAACCCCGGCCGAGCAGCCCAGCGUGCCGCCGAACAAGAAACCUCCCCGGCUUGCCCCACCCACACCGGCCUCGCGCCCGCGGGAGCAACGCCGGCCCCGAACAAGAUCCCCCUCCACACGCGUUUCCUACCCUCUCCGCACCCGGUCCGCGACCGCUAUUUCUGGAUCCUGCACGGCCUGCGGCCCCACGGCACGCUGUACAUCGACCAGGGCGCCUACAAGGCGCUGCUGGGCAAGGCCGGCCUGCUGCCGGUGGGCGUGGUGGACGUGGAGGGCAACUUUGCGCAGCACGAGGCCGUGAGGCUCUGCGUGGUGGAGAGGAGGAGGAAGAAGAAGAAGAAGAAUAAGGGACAGAGGAAAGACGGGAAAGGGAAGGCCAAGGGAGGUAGGAGCCAAGGAGAUUCGGGGGCGCAGAAGAACAGCGGGGAAGAGAACGAGGAGGAGGAAAGGGAGAAGGAAAAUGAAAUUCCUGAUAGAGAACCGGGUGAUGAGGAGGAUGGGAGCGAGGUCGAUGAUGACAGCGACGGUGACGAUAAGCUCUGGGAGGGUGAGCCUCGCGAGGUGGGCAGAGCGCUGAGCAAUUACUCGAGCUCCGAGAUCGCGAGGAUCAAGGGGCGGCAGAGUGCGGAGGUGGAGGGCAUCCUGGGGUACGCGGACAGCGAGUAUGUCGCGCAGAGGGAGAGCAUCAGCUUCUUUGAUUCGGUCAGGGGGAGCAGGCCGGCUACCCCCGUUCGGGAGGUGCUGGAUGGGAAGGGGAUUGGGGGGUAUGAAGUAGAAGGGGCGGUUUUUUGAGCGGGUGUGGAAGAAAGGGUCUGGGGUCUCGGAAGGCUAGAGGAAUCGGGAUUGGAAGAGAGGGAAAAUCGGCAUAGACAAAACAGACGGAAUUUCUCAUGGUAUCUGAUAGAGCUGGCUGGAG